GCGCCGCAACAAGACGAUUGUGGUUGCCCAGCAACGGGCCGCUCGGGUGGCCUACUGUCAGAGCGUGAAGCGGAAGCACCAGACCACGCUAGAGAGGUGGGCCUACGUGGAUGGAACCACGUACUAUUUGGACAGGACCGCCGAUGAACACGAACACACAGUGCGCAGGUCUCUAGGGUCACAUGUGUGGAGAAAGUCUGACAACAGUGACGCGUUGUAUGCGGACUGCGUCGGCCCGUCGUCUUACAACAAGGCUCAGGGCCAGCCGGUGCGGGUCUGGGGGAUGCUUGCCUCUGGCGUCCUGAACAUACACGUGCUUGACGAAGGCGAGGUGAUGGACCGCUCCGUGUACGUGGAGCUGAUAGAAGACAAGUUCGAUGAGUGGAGCUUGAACUGUGAAUUUGUGGUGUGCGAUUAUGAAAGGAGCUUGCGCACGCCAGAGGCUUUGCAGGCCCUCAAUCGCAGCGGCAUGAAGCUGGUGGAAGAGUACCCGAAAGUGUCCCAAGAUUUCAACGCAAUUGAAAAUGCUUGGGCUAUAUUGCGGGAGCACCUGGACGAAACUUGCCCCGUUGAUAUGGAAACCAGGGACCACUUCGUGUAA